AUGGACAGCAGUUACCUCGUCACGGGUCCGAAGAAGAUGUUCGUCAAGUUGAAGAGCUAUUUAUUGCCCUGGGUUUUGAGGUACAAAGGAGACAGAACCUUUCAAGACUACAACUCUUGGACGAACUUGAUGAUGUUGCUUGCCAAGAUCACAGUGCUUAUGAUUGCUUUGUGCUGUGGCUCAUGAGCCAUGGCAAGAGUGGUGAGGUGUUCUGCUCUGACGGCAACACGAUACCUAUUCAGACUCUUCAUGAUAUGUUCAGCGGAUGCGAUAAGCUAAGCGGUAAGCCAAAGCUGUUUUUCAUCCAGGCGUGCAGAGGUGAGGACGAAGACGAGGGGGUAACCGCGUCCAGUGAUACCGGCAUUACGUCUUACGGACAUGUUGAUUCCCCCUUUGACUCAGUGAAGAACCGUCCAUCCAGAGAACCCACUCAUGCAGAUUUUCUGUACGCAUUUUCCACAGUCGAUGAGUAUGUGUCGUACAGGGAUGAAAAUUUAGGAAGCCACUAUGUUCGCGGUCUCGCUGAAGCAUUCCGUGAACGUGCGUUUUAUGACCACCUUCUCGAUAUUUUAACAGUAGUCAACCAGAAAGUCAGUAACAUGGAAGCCAAGCGACCAUCAGGGGAGAACAAGAAUGAAAUCAAAAUCUGUAAACAGAUGCCUGAAGUUAAACAUACCCUGCGGAAAAAAGUUCGUUUCUAG